UGUUCCUCCCUCAUUAUCGUGGGGAACCAUUUUCUGUUCUCCAUGAAAUCUGAUUUCGUCGAAGAAGAUGGCGUUGGAUGAUCUGAAAGUUCGGUUAACGUGUUCCAUACAAAAAGAUGCAUAACAAAGCCGUCUUGGAUGAGAUGACUCUGAAGUCUGAAGUAUUUGCUUGACGGUUUUUGAAGUGCUCGAACUAUUGAUAAUCAUGCAUGUUCUCAACUCAAAGUGUUGCAGCAAAGUGUUCAUUUUGGUAAAACACUAUAUACAUAAUGCAUACAUAAACAUAAUAGGACCCAUCAAUUAAUCAAUAUGUGUAGCUUUAUAAAUAUAGAAGCUCCUCCUAAGUCCUAAACACUUCUCUCAGUCUCUCCCUCUCUUCCUUUCUCACUAUGAAUCUCUAAUUCAUAUUCCUCAUCACUACUCAAUUACAUAUACACAAAUCUCAAAAAAUGCUAACAUCAUCUUUCUAAAGAAUUGUUCUUUCUCAGUUCUGAGUUGAAACAUGGUCGACGUUGACCGGAGAACAACUACCGGUUUGACUCAAGCAGCCGGUCUCCGUCGUCUCUCAGCCCGCGCCGCCGCUUCAUCUACUCCGACGAUCAGAAACAGCCUUCAAUCUUUCUCCCCCUUCGCCGAUAAAGUAAUAAACUCAGGUAUCAAUAUCCAACCGGGUCUCUCCGACGCCGAGUUCGCCCGAGUCGAAGCCGAGUUUGGUUUCACCUUCCCACCGGACCUCCGUGUUAUCCUCUCUUCCGGUCUCUCCGUAGGACCAGGGUUCCCCGAUUGGCGUUCUCCCGGAGCUCGACUCCUCCUCCUCCGUGCCAUGAUCGACCUUCCAGUCGCCGCCGUAUCGUUACAAAUCGCGAAAAACAAUCACUGGUGCAAAUCUUGGGGCUUGAAACCACCCGACCCGGAAAAGGCAUUAAGGGUCGCGAGAAACGCCUUAAAGAGAGCUCCUUUAUUGAUUCCCAUCUUCGAUCAUUGCUACAUUCCUUGUAACCCGUCUUUAGCGGGUAACCCUGUUUUCUUCGUCGACGAGACUCGGAUCUUUUGCUGCGGGUCGGAUCUAUCCGAGUUCUUCCAGCGUGAGUCUGCUUUUCGUAGCUCUGGUUUCUUCUUCCCGAGAAGACUCACCAAGCAACGUUCGGUGAAAGAGACAUCAUCGGCUGGAUCAUCCUCGACCUUUUCACGGAGAAGCUUAGAUUCGGGUCGGGCUAGCGGGCCGGGUACGUCGAGAUGGGUGGAGUUUUGGAGUGACGCGGCGGUGGAUAGUUGCCGGAGAAACUCAUCAGCGUCUUCUUCUUCUGCCUCCUCUCAGUCCUCAUCUCCGGACCUUCCCAAAGCAGAGACUCCGAGAUGGGUAAACCGGAUCGGUUCGGUUUUGAGAGGAGGCGGGUGGAGUGAAACUGAUAUCGAUGAGAUUAUCCACGUGUCAGCAUCGGGUUUCUUUGAGGAUGAAAUGGUAUUUGUUGAUAACCAAACGGUUCUUGAUGUGCUUUUAUUGAAAGCGGGUCGGAUUUCGGAGUUGCUCCGUAAGUCUGGGUGGAGCUCCGAGGAAAUCUCGGACGCGCUUAUGUUUGAUUUUCGACCGGAGAAAGAGCGGGAACCGGCUAAGAAACUAUCGCCUGUGCCUGUUGAACGAUUCGAUAAACUUGCUGAAUAGGUUUCCCGGUCAUGAAUACACAUAUUGUACAUUGGAGUUAUAGUGAUGAUAUUCUUUAUAAAUAAAAUAUGAAAAUAGUAUUAGACUAUUAGUUAACUACUGAUAAAAUCAAGCAUGUUUUGCUUCGUGUCCGUGUGGGGGAGUUUUUUGAUAAUGAACGUAAAGGUCUAUCUAGAUUACUUGCAUUGUUGAAGAAACUGUACAAUUUAAGCCAAAACCAGACAGAGAUGUAUACUA